UGAGGAUGAGUGAUGUUGUGGUGCGCAGAAAGAUCCUAAUUUGUUUCGGUGUCCAGUGGAAAAAAUAUAUAAAUUCAAUUCAGAUCAAUUCACUUUUAUUUGUAUAGCGCCAAAUGCCUCGAGGGGCUUAAUCCUCUGAAGAGAAACCAGAGUAAAGCCAUGUGAUUUUACUGACAUUAUUUCACCCAGAAUGAGAAACACCCACGUUUGCCUCCAUCUGUGCAGGAUAUCCUCCAACCUGAAACCUCAAAAGGUUCUCAAAACGAAUUUAUAUUAAGGGAAUUUCUUACCAGUUUAACCAGAAUUUAUAAAGCAUCAAAUCUGUAAACUGUAAAAGAUUACAGUAAAUAUUUAAACAAACUGGGGGGGAUAAAGGUAGAGUUUAAAAAAAGAAACAUGUAUUACAUGAUAAAAGAGUGUUUCUUAUUACAUUGACAUGGAGUGUAAUUGUUUAAAAAACCUGUUAUAAUGUACUUUAAUACCUUAACAAACUGGUGCAAGACUGUGAAUACAUGCAAGUUUAAAUUCAGAGCAGACACUGGAAGCAAACCAGUGCAAGGGUAGUUUUCUCUUAGUUUAUGACUUCAGUAUUGUAUUUAAUCAAAUGUGCAUUUAGCUUUUUAUUUAGAUAUUUCUACUUUCAAAUCAUGAAAUUGUGAUUUGAUUGUGUUUGCAAAGGGAUGCAUUUAUAUAACACGUUACUAAAUUCGUACUUUAAACUAACAUCCACAUUAACAUACCUGUACAAACAUAAUGGACUUUAAGCCCCUUAUCCCUCUAGGAUCAACACACACACCUUCAAAGUAAAGCCCAAGGACGAUUUGAACCCAGAAACUUCUUGCUGGUAUUAACCGCUGCACCGACCAUGAUGAAACUGGACUUCAUCAUAUUGUGUAUCAACUGCUAUUAAAUGGUCACAAGCUGCCUUUUAAUAUUUAAAGGCUGAGAUAAAAUGAAGCGUUAUCUAUUCUACAUUCUUGUGUUCUGUAUCUAAAUGCUUUGACGCUUUCCGGGAGCCUCUUUUCUCUUAAUAGAUAAAGGAUGUGAGAAGAAAGUGAAAACAGACUACUGAGCACAUGGCAGCUAAUGUCUGUGUGGUCGUCUUAGUCUGUGUUUGGGUCUGUCCAGGGACGGUCACUUUGGUGUCACCCUGGGUUCACCGGACGGUCACCGGCUCAAGAGGUCAGAGGAGAGUCAGACUGUUGCCAAAAGUGGAAGUAGCAUUUUUAGUGGAAUUAAGCAUCAGUACAGCAAUUUAAAAAAAUAAAAUGUCAAUAGUUAAAGUACUCAUCCUGGAGUACAACCUGGAAUUUGGGAAAACCUGGAAACUAGGCAAGAAAAACUAUUAGACUUUAGAUAUUUUGGUCCUUCUGAUCAGGUUUGGGUUUUUAUUCUCCCUCCCACAAAUAAUAAUAAUAAAAUUUUUAUUUUAGCAAUAGAACAUACAAUAGCAUGUUAGAAAUGGGAACAGAACAUACAUAAAUGGACUUUACAAAAACAAAAUAAAACUAUAUAACAUUUUAUUUUUUAGUGUAAUCACUGAAUUGCUAUUUACUCAUAUGAUGGUAAAUAUCUGUUGUUUUAGUCAGUGCAAGCAAAACUGCCACAAUGUGGCUGUUUCCAACUUCUUUCUAUAUGACAGAAAAUAAAAUAUUGUUGUGUAAUAAACUGAACUCUGACAAGUUAUGAUGACCACAUUUCAUCUGUUUCUGACAUUUCAUUGGAUAAUCAAGAAAAAGAUUAUUCUAGGUCAGAAAUAACUUUGAAUUAACCUGAUAAUUAUUAUCAUUACUGAUAAAUCUGCAUACCGUUUUCCCUUGAAAAAAAUAUUCAAAUGUGAAUUUAACUGACAAUAAUUUCACAAUAAGAAAAGAAAAAAAUCAGUAACUAUAUUACAGUUGAUAAUCUGUAAAUGUAAUUUUUGUUUGUCAUGAUUUAAACAGUUUAGCUGAUUGUAGCAAGCUAAAAAAACAUUAGAAAAAUAGAAAGUUCCUUUACCGAAGUUUGCAGGUUGCAUAACAGGCAACUGAGGUUAUUCACAAAAAUAAAGGGUGAAUCCCUGCUUUCAGUAUCACUAAUAAAUAACCCAGCAGGCUUCAAGCAGCAUGCGGCCGUAAUAAUUAAGCUUUACUAGUCUUUAAUACCAAGUCAAGCAUUUGUUAUUUUAUCCAGCUACAUGUUGCAGCUCCUGUCUUACUGUAAACCACAAUCAAAGGCUUUUAAACUUAUCUCUGCCUCCAAAAUCUUUUAAUGUUUUUCUAGAUUUAUUGUUUGACUCAAACAGUGCAUUGUAGUAUACAUCAAACAGCACCAUCUAAAUUGGGAUGGGGGCAACCCUCUUUCCCCUACCAAAUCACUUACACCGCCCUGCCACACACACUUUCUGUUUCUCCGUCCUCCCUCUCAUCAGUCAGUUGGGCUUGUGGCAUGCUCCUGCAUUGUUUUGGAUCUGGGGAGCAAUCGGCCUGAUGGGGGUGUCCUAGUUUGACCCGCCGAUUCCAGGUUCAACCAGAGGCCACGGAUUCAAGGGGAUGGAUAUGAACAAUUUUUCUCGUUUUGUCCCCUUUUCAAAACAGCUUUCUUGGUUUUGUGUCAGGGCUGGAGCAGCAGAGGUGAUCAGAGAGCCAGCAGGGAGGCCGAACGAGCCCCCUAGGCCAGACAAAGUAUCUUCUUGGAAAUGGCUUUAAAGUGGGAGUGUUGAGUGCUGUGGUGGAUGUGAAGUGAAACAUUCAGUGGAAAAAAUGCUGUGCUACACGGUGGAAAGUCAGAGUUCCAGCUCCAGCUUCAGCUCGGACGACCUGUUUACCCGUCCUGCCUCACCACCUCCACCUCCACGCACUUACAAACCCUGCUUUGUGUGUCAGGACAAGUCCUCGGGCUACCACUAUGGAGUCAGCGCCUGCGAGGGCUGCAAGGGCUUCUUCCGCCGCAGCGUGCAGAAAAACAUGGUGUAUACCUGUCACCGCGACAGGAACUGUAUCAUUAACAAGAUCACCAGGAAUCGCUGUCAGUACUGUCGGCUGCAGAGGUGUUUCGCUGUAGGAAUGUCUAAGGAGUCGGUGAGAAACGACAGAAACAAGAGGAAGGGGAAGAAGGAAGCAGUGAAGAUGACCAUCAUGGAGACGUACGAGCUGACAGCAGAGCUCGGCCUGAUCGUGGAGAAAAUAUGCAGAGCUCAUAGAGAGACCUUCCCCUCCCUUUGCCAGCUGGGAAAAUACACCACAAACUCCAGUUCAGACCACCGGAUCCAGUUGGAUCUUGGCCUGUGGGACAAGUUCAGCGAGCUGGCCACCAAGUGCAUCAUCAAGGUGGUCGAGUUUGCCAAGCAAGUGCCGGGUUUCACUGGCCUGACCAUUGCGGACCAGAUCACUCUGCUCAAAGCCGCCUGCCUUGACAUCUUGAUUUUGAGGAUUUGCACUCGCUACACUCCUGACCAGGACACCAUGACCUUCUCCGAUGGCUUGACACUGACUCGUACUCAGAUCCACAAUGCAGGAUUUGGGCCGCUGACGGAUCAGGUUUUCACUUUUGCUGGGCAGCUGCUGCCGCUAGAGAUGGAUGACACGGAAAGUGGGCUCCUCAGUGCCAUCUGUCUUGUUUCUGGAGACCGGGAGGAUCUGGAGGAGCCGUCCAAGGUAGAAGUCCUGCAGGAGCCUCUGUUGGAGGCGCUGAAGAUCUACUCCCGUAAGCGGCGACCCAGCAUGCCCCUGAUGUUCCCCAAGGCCCUCAUGAAGAUUACCGACCUACGUAGCAUCAGCGCUAAAGGAGCUGAGCGAGUGGUGACACUGAAGAUGGAGAUCCCGGGCUCCAUGCCUCCACUGAUCGAGGAGAUGCUGGAGGAUCUGCAGAACCUGGAGAAACACCAGAAGUCGGGCACCACUCAGCACACUCACCCCGUCUCCUCACAGCACAUGAACUCUGCUGAUUUUCCACUCUGAAGCUGCUCAAAGAACUUUUCUUUCCUCCGAGGGAAAUCGCUCAAAGGUGCAGCUGCAGAUCAGAGAGUGACUUACCUCAGUUAUUGUCCAGAGGUCAGAGCUCGAUCUGCAGAUAUGACUCCAUGUUUAAAGAAGAGAUUUAAAUCACACAUUAACAAGUAUUUCUGUAAACAAAAAUCCUACUUCAAAGGAAGAUGCAGUAAUGCUUUAAUCUCCAUUUUUAUAACCUCUGAGAAUCACUCUCAGUGUUUUCUUUACUGUUUCUGGUUUUUACUGUAUUUAUAUUUGCAUGAAAUAUCACAUGGAUUAAUUUUACCUCAUUUAGCAUUAGUUAUAGCAAGAUAGUAAAUAUAAGGAAUCAAUCUUUAGGUUUUAUAUACAAAUUUCUCAAACUCAGUUUGUACAAAAUUAAAGGGAAAUGCAAUGUUUUUUCCUCCAUAAGGGUAAGUGUUCAUAAUCGGAGUUAACAAACUAAUGUGUCUGAACUGACACGGUGUAGAAAAUGAGGGAUUAGAGGUAAUGCAUAAGGACAAUAAACAUAGCAGUGUUUGUAUGAGCUUGUCAAUGUUAGAAUCUCUUUGUGAAGCUGCUGUGGUAAAAUUUGUUGGAAAUCUGCUGGACUCGUUUACAGCUUGACAGAUUUAAUACAAGAGUAAGCUAAUGAUAAUAUACAACUUUAUUCUCUUUUUUACUUUCUAAAUGGAAAAAGGUUUUCCCACUAUUAUCAUAAAGCAUAUUAUUGGGGCUGGAUAUUAUUGUUAUUAUUAUUUUGAUACUGAGAAAACAUGGUGGUUGCUGUAUGAAGAUUGUAAAAAAACAUUUCCUAGAUUUUCAGCCAUGAUUGUGCUGUGGCACCACUCUCCUUAACUUUCUCUGUAGUGCCAAUAUCAGGUGAAAAAUAUUUUUGAUCGCUAUUUAAGGAGGACCUAUUGUGCUCGUCCUUAUUUCUUGUCAUAUCUGUACUCUUACAGUGAUAGAUGCUUAUAUUAAAGAUGGCUAAAAAUUUUAAAUAUUGAGGUCUGAGCCAAAAGUUCAGGCUUCCUACAAACAACUGUUUUUUUGUUUGGUUUUUGGUUAUGGUUUUUUAUACUUUUGGCACAGCUUCAGCCAUGAGCACAGAAACUUUGUCUUGAGAGGGGCAGCCAAUCCGAAGAAAGAGGGAAGGGAGCUAAAAUGUCCUGUUUAAGGUGGUCAGUGAACUGAGGGGCCAGUAUAAGAUAAAUGUGUGAAUCAUACUCUAAUGGAGUCCAAUAAUAAAAGUAUUUAACUGGAAAUGAGCAUAAUCACUUAAUGAUAAAAUACCUGCAAAGCUGACAUUUCCAUCAGCAUGUGAAUAAUAAUAGCCUUCUGUGAGUGUGUUAGCAUUCAGAUGUUCACAUUUAUCUUAAGGCGCUUAGCUGCUAGCAUGGCUAAAUGCCAGUUUCUGUAAGUCGUAACGAACUUGCUUUGCACACAGAGUGGACCGUGGGCAUUACAGUGACAGUAUCACAGCAUCUGAAAUCUGAGUGAUCAUAAAUCCACACAAAUGCUAACAAAAUGCAACAAAUGAUGAGACUGUAACAAAUUAGAAACUAAUGUGAUGAUUUCACAUUAAAGAUACACGGACCUUAACCUGCUUUGUGUAAGCAUCUGAGCAAGCAUCCCGUGUACUGUAAGAACUCAAAUGUGCCUAUUUUAAUUGUGCCCAAACUUUUCUAUGUCUUGACAUUUCUAAAAGUGAUUUUACUUAUUUUGAUGUCCACAUCCCAAACGUUGCAGUAAGACUGUAUGCAUUGUGUCAUUUUACAUGUUGCAUUAAUUUGUUAUAUCACUAAACAGAUCACAUUUCAUAUGCUUUUCUUUGUUCUAUUAAAGUCUUGUGAAUUAAAUUUUAUGCUGCUCUGUCAUGUUUCCACUGAGAAUGUAAGUAUUUCUUUUUCUGGUUCAAGUUUAAUUUCAUGGGGCUGUGAGGUUGUUUGAGGUCAGACCAUAUUUACUCUAAAGGCUCAUACUGCCCCCUGUUGAUCAAUUGAUGAACUGCAUGCAGCAGUAAAUAAUUUUAUCUGAUGACGUGUCCUAAGUGGGUGCAAAAUUUAGAGUAAGUCUACGUUAGAGACUGUUGUCUAACAUAUUUUAUCACUUUGAUAAAAUGGAAAAAGCAAAUAAUUACAGACCAAAUAAGAAUAAAAUCA